AUGUCGAUGCACGCAAAGACAGAUUCGGAGGUCACGAGUUUGACGGCGUCGUCACCGACAAGGUCUGAACCGCGGCGGCCGGUGUACUACGUCCAGAGUCCAUCGCGCGACUCCCACGACGGAGAGAAGACCACCAACUCCUUUCACUCAACGCCUGUGCUCAGCCCCAGUGGAUCACCCGGCCGUCAAUCCGGGAACUCUUCCUCCACCAGAUAUUCCGGCUCCCUCAGACCCGGAUCGAGGAAAGGCAGCCAACAUCAACAUCACCGGAAAGGAGAGAAGGGAUUUGAUGCGAUCGAGGAAGAAGGAUACAACGAUGAAGUUGGUCAUCGGGGGAUUCCUCGCCGGUGUUAUUUUCUGGCGUUCGUUGUCGGUUUCUUCGUUCUCUUCACUUUUUUCGCUCUCGUUCUCUGGGGCGCUGCCAGACCUCAGAAGCCCGUCAUCACCAUGAGGAGUAUCGCAUUCGAUCAAUUUGCAGUUAAUGCUGGGGCAGAUGCAUCUGGAGUUGCGACAGAGAUGGUGACUUUAAACGCCACCGUGAAGUUCAAUUUUCGCAACCGUGGAACCUUCUUUGGGGUUCAUGUAUCAUCCACACCACUCGAUCUCGCAUACACCGAGUUGACUUUAGCCACCGGAACUGUGAAGAAAUUUUAUCAAUCAAGAAAAGGUCACAGAAUAGUGAGUGUGAACGUCCGAGGUGUACGAGUACCGUUGUACGGCGGCGGACUGAACUGGAGCAGCGAGAACGGAAAACUUACAGCGCCGUUGCCAUUGAACCUAAAUUUCACGGUGAAAGCUAAAGCUUACGUGUUAGUUGAGUAG